AUGAGUGAGAGUUUGUUAGCAGACCGAUGGACCAACAACAUCACCUACCGCCAGUUGGUCAUGUCAUCGUGCAUCGGCAUCGUGCAGCUGUGGUGGCAUCCCUACGUCCACGACUUCCGGAGACAUCUGCCCUUUAUGUUUAUGUACAACGUCCUGAGUGUGCUCCUUGUAUACCCUGCGUUUUAUUUGGAGUUGGCACUAGGCGUGGUCACGAAGAAGGGCGUCUUGAAUUGCUGGGAUAUGGCACCCGUGGCCAGAGGUAUUGGUCUGUCAAUGAUACUGUCCUGCGCGUUUAUGGCUCUAUCGUUCGGAGCAGUGAGUGCAUGGAGUCUAUCCAUGGUGGUGCACUCUUUCCACUCGUUCCUGCCCUGGCUCCACUGCGCCGCCGCAGCCGACCCGCCUUGUUCAGCGCGGCACCGCCCACUGACUAACGGAAGUGAGACACCAUCGCAGUCAUUCUUUUUCAACUUCGUGCUGAAUCUCAAACGCGAUGGCUUCAACGGCGGACUGGGGAAUGUGGUGCCCGAUCUGACGGUGUAUUACGUCAUAUCGUGGGUGCUGGUGUACUUCAUCGCUUGCAAACGGAUAUACAGUUUUUCAAAGUUGGUGCUAUUCAAGGACGUGUUGUCGUUUUUCGUGUUGGUGUCAAGCGUGAUCGGUGUGAUACGGCUACACGGCGCUUUCAGGAUGUUCACCGAGUGCGAUUGGAGCGUCCUGUUUGAAGGAGUACAUAUAUGGCGCGAAGCUCUCGAAUAUGCGCUAAUACAAAUGUCAGCGUCGCAAGGCACGCUGAUAAUGCUGGGCUCGUACUGCCCGAAGCAGAAGCGAGUGCUCUCCAGCACGAGUAUGUCAGCGUUCGUCGCGUGCAAGCUCAGCAGUAUCGCGGCGGCGCUCGUGUUGGGCGCGACGCAUGGCGCCUUGUACUAUGACUACGAUAACAGCACUAAUAUAUGGAAAGGCUCAUCGUCAGCAAUGAUACUGUGGGCAGAUUACGCCGCGCGGAUACCGGGCAGUCAAGUUUGGUCUGCUCUCAUAUUUUCCACGCUGUUUGUGCUGUCUGUCUGUUCUACGGCUCUGCUGGUACAGACAAUCAUGUCAACUUUCACCGGUCGCUCGAUACGGAAAAUAUCGUGGGCUUUCCUCGUACUGAUGUGCGUGAUAUUCGGUAUUGUUGGCAUCAUCACAUUAUGUACACAGGGUGGUAUGUAUAUACUAAAUUUCCUGAUGACGUGGCCAGUCUUGCAAACCCGUAAUCCGAUAGCAGGAGCCGUGCCCAUUGUGGUCACUUAUGUGUAUGGACAGACCACUUUCUGUGAAGAUGUAUACUUUGCAGUAGGUGAAUAUCCCUGCGUAUUCCUGAGAAUAUGCUGGGCUUUAACGCCUGCGAUAUUCCUGCUGACAUUUGUAACCGGAAUCACGACCUGGUCAGAAACAGAUGUCGCGGGCUGGAUAUUGACGAUGCUCGUUUUGCUACCUAUAGCUAUAUUUGCGCUUUUCUACCUUGUUUUCAAAUUCAGAGUAAGGAAUAUCGUGGCCCAUGAGAAAUAAUUUCAGAAUUUGAAAUAGUUAAUAUUGUAAAAGUUAAAUGUAAAAAUACCGUUUAUAGUUUUGGUUUUGAAAUAAAAAAACAACUGUUCAGAAUGA